UGUAGUAUCCAAAAUUAGUAAAUAAAGAUGGUGGAAGAGGCCGAGUUGUGUGCCGUAUCGUUUCUCGCAGAACGUCUUACAAAAUGAAGUGGAAACAAAUGGAGAAAACGACUGACUGGUCAUUAACACGGCUACCAGAGCCCCGGGUUAUUUAAUUACCUCAAAAUCACCGAUAAUUUUUGUGUAAACACUUGUGAAUAACACGUGAUUCGGAGUAGAAAAAGAGCCGACAGGAUUUUUAAAAAAUUACACCCCGAGAAAACGGCGAGACUGAGGGAGAGAGACGGAGAUAACUAAAAAUUCUGAAAAGGUCCAGUUGCAUGAGAGGAUAAUUUAGCUCCAGAGUUCACGCUCCUACAAAUUCCUCAAAAUGGUGGUCGGAGAAGCGAGCAUACACAACAUAAUGGGAGGGAUGGAGAGCACCGGUGGUGUGCGCCUCCACAACCACAAAAGAAAGUUGAAACAAAGGUUCGAUAUAAUAAAAAAACUGGGUCAGGGUACCUACGGCAAAGUCCAACUAGGAAUAAACAAAGAAACCGGUCAAGAGGUAGCGAUAAAAACCAUAAAGAAAUGCAAAAUAGAAACCGAGGCGGAUCUCAUCCGAAUACGUCGCGAGAUCCAGAUAAUGUCAAGCGUCCAACACCCGAACAUAAUUCACAUCUACGAGGUGUUCGAGAACCGCGAGAAGAUGGUCCUAGUCAUGGAGUACGCAGCAGGGGGGGAGCUCUACGACUACCUGAGCGAGAGGAAAGUCCUGGCAGAGGAUGAGGCCCGUCGAAUAUUCCGACAGAUCUCCAUAGCUGUCUUCUACUGUCACAAGCACAAGAUCUGUCACAGAGAUCUCAAGCUGGAGAACAUUCUUCUCGACCAGUCUGGCAACGCGAAGAUCGCUGACUUUGGUUUGUCGAAUGUCUUCGACGAUCACAGACUGUUGAACACCUUCUGCGGCAGCCCCUUGUACGCAAGCCCAGAGAUCGUUAAAGGAACCCCUUACCACGGUCCUGAGGUUGACUGCUGGAGUCUUGGUGUCCUUUUGUAUACACUUGUCUACGGUGCCAUGCCCUUCGACGGCUCCAACUUCAAAAGACUCACCAGACAGAUAUCGGCGUCUGAUUACUUCGAGCCAAAGUGCCCUUCGCCGGCUUCUCCCCUCAUCAAAGACAUGUUGACCAAGUGCCCUUCGAGACGAGCUGACAUUGAGAGGAUAUGCUGCCACUGGUGGGUCAACGAGGGAUACGAUCAGAACUGCCUUGACAUCGCUGAAGAUCUGGCAGCUCAGACACCAGUUAGACUUGAUCUGCUGUUGUCUUUGGUGCCGCAAUCGGCGAGUGCUGACAAACUAGUCGUGGGAGAUCCCAGACCUGAACCACCUGUCUCUAGCAUGUCGUCGGAGACUCUAGGCCCAACGAGGUGUCACUCCGUUGGGAGUCUGAUGGAGUUGGACAGAUCGACUGAUGACAAGCUCAGGGAUAUUGUCGAGGGAAUGGAAGAGGAGAGGACUUCGGCUUCGGGUGAGACGAAAAGAAAGCUGGAGUUGACUCCCUCGAUGGAGGAGACUGUCGCUGCUGGGACUAAGAAGAAGGAGAGGUCCAGGAGGAAGGAGAAGGAUGGAGAGGAGAGGGAAACUAGGGCUUACAGAUCGUCUUCCAGGCAUCACUCGGCGCCGAUUGGGGCCGCGAUCACUGAGGAACCUAUGGAGGUGGAUCUGAGGGAUCCGGAGUCGGCUGAUGCCCUGUUGGAGAUGCUGAAGGAGGCGCAGGGGACUAAAGAGAGGAGCAAAACUCCGCUUGUUGGGGGGAGUGAGACUGGUGGGGGUGGUAAGCCGGUAGUUAAUAGUCUAGAGGAGAAGUUCGUGGCGGAGAAGAGUCCUAAGGCUUCGGUUAAACCUGAACACGUUGAAGAGAAGGAGGGGGAGACACGUGAACAGAAUCAGAAUGCUGGGGCUAGAGAGUCAGAGGCUGGUGCUGAAGUUCUUCAUCAUAAUUUAGGGGAUAAGGUGCAGAAUGAGGAGAAGACUUUGAAGAAGAAGGCGUCUGUGGAUGAAGAUGCUGCUGUUGGGCCUGCUAAACCUACCGAGAGGAGGAGGUCCAAGAUCUUUGAGACUGCUGAGAAGUUCAAUCAAUUGGCGAGUAGUGCCUCGAUGGAGCCGGAUAAGGCCAAGAAGAUCUUCAUACCUGGGGUCAAUGUUGGGGGGGCGAAGAGGGCGUUCGAGAGGAAGGCUAGUCUGUCGUCGAUCGCUCCACCUGCUGCUGGGAAGCAGAAUGUCAAGGUGGUCAUUGAUGUGGCUGGGGAGAAGAAACAGGAGAAGGUGGAGGAGAAAACUGGGGGCAGUGAGGGGCCUGCUAAGGGAGGCGAUCACGCGGAGGAGGAUCGCAAACGGGAGGAAGAGAAGAAGAGGGCAGUGGAUAUAAUCUCAGGUGCUCUGGGCAAGCCCCCAAUAAAGAAGACCCUGAACGGUUCGCCCCCGCUAACCCCACAGAUCCCAGACCCGAAAAAACUUGGAUUGAAGAUCCAAGUGGGUCCGAACGACGUGAGGAACGCCACAAUCUCAAUAACAACUCCAGUAGACGAGAAGUACCCCGAGUUCGAGGUAACAUCUGGCAAACCAGUGAUCGACCACUCGUUUCCCGCAUCCCCAGGGUCCAAGAGCCUGGAUACAUCCCUGUCAGAGGAGCCAACCAUGUCCAGCAAGAUGGAGAUAACCCUGAAGAGCGCGACACUCCCGAGACAGAGGAAAACGAGUAAAGCAGAGAUUGUCUUGUCCGGUUUCAAGCCCCCCUUCAAGUCUGAAGUGGAGGCGAAGAUUGACGCCUUCCACCCCCAGAAAUUGAGGACCCAGAGGUCAGAAGUUGCUUUCCCAGUGGCUGGUGUUGUUCCCCAGGCCAGCAGAUCGGCCAGUCUGGAGCCUGAGAACCGAGGGAAAUCGAGUAUGAAGGAGAGAAUCAUCCCCAUCUCUGUGGAAGGUGGACACCAGAGCCCCCCACCUCACUCUAAGCCCCCGAUGCCCCAGAGGUCGUUAUCCCAGAAGUCAGGGUCCCUCUCCAGGCAGUCGACUGCUGACUCUGACACCGACAGUGCUCUUGGCUCGACUGUGGGCCCUGAACCCAUCAGGAAGAGCCCCAGGGAGUACAUCAUUCCCAUUGCUGUCGAAGGGGGCGGCUAUGUCACACCCAGGUCAGGGAGCUUGGAACCAGAGAGCAAGAACAGCACUCCCACCAGUGUUAAUGCACCCAGAUCCAAGUUCGGGAGACCUAGGAGGAUGGGCUCGCUGCUCUCUGAUGCUAGCGAAGAUGAGUCGCCUUUCUCAACUCUUCACAGAGAUAGCGAUGACCUCCUGCAGAGGCACAUGCAUCGCCUCAGGAGUUCUCGACCCUCGAAGCAAGCCCCAGAGCACGCAGACAGUCUCUCCUCCGGGGAAGACGACGAUGACGAUGGUUUUGAGUUACUGACAGCUGAGAAUUUAUUCUCAACCCUAUUGUCACGGGUGAGAAGUUUGACUCAACGUCUGAAUGUCGAUGAUAACAGGGGCACAGGCUUCCCCAGGAGUAGAUUGCUGGACAGAUUGGGGUCGAACUCCUCUCAAGGAUUCUGGGGACUUCACGAACCACUUUCAAGGCGGAUGACAGAAACACCAUUCAGACGUUCAAUGAGUCGCGACACUGACAGAUUUGGUAGAAAGGAUUCAGCAAUGUCGUCGAACCCAGGAACCCCCAACAGCCUAGGCAGGAGUACGCCUUCUCGUGAAAGUAUGUUCGACGCUGGAUCCUCCAACACCCUACCCAGAGAUAAAUGUGACGAUGCGGACCUGGACCUGCAAAUGAUAAAAGAGCUUCAAGAGGACCCCGACGAGGACAAGAAGUUCACCCCGUGUUUGGCGCGCAGAUUGUCGCGUCAGUUCAUCGAGAAGACGCGUUUCUCGCUCCCCAGAUCCCCGUCAAUCCCGCGGGAUCGUUUGCUCAGAUCCUCCACAGAGGAGCCCCUGAGCCUGGCCGACCCCCUGGAGCUCUCCCUGCCGUCCUACCGCAGCAGAUCAAGCGACAGAAGCCUGCGAAGAGCAGCGAGUCUCCUCGAGUCCUCCGCCAAGCCCGAAAGGAGCGACAGCCGAACAGCGCGAAGAAGUGUGAGCCUCUUCGAGGACAGCGACGAGCUCCUGCCGCCACUACCGCGCCAAGUGAUGACCCUAGGUAGGAAGUACCGAGAGCAAACAAAAUCGCCGAGCAAUGGGAUCAGACGGGAGUCCCUCCAGCCUCAAAAGAUCCAGGAGGAGCCGACGGACGUCGCAAGCCCGAGACAGCCGGCCGAGCCCUCGGACGUGACCCCCGGUGCAUUCUCAAUCUCCGAAGGCAGUUCCACUACGAACCUCGGAGACAUGUCCAGCUUCUCCACGAAAUCUGGGGAGACCUCCCCCACGGACUCAACCUCAAAGACUCAGGAGGACUCCUUCAGCUCGUUCAAAGCUCACGCCAAAGAAUUCGAGAAUCGCCUGCUGGCAGCUGAGAACCUGAUCAAGGAAUCGAAACUGCGGAACCUGGGGAUCAGCAAAUUCGACCCCAACCUGUCGUCGAGCUACCGAGACACUGACAAGUGCGACAAAGAGCUGCUGGGGUCGAUGAGCGACCUGACGUCUUCGGUUCUAUCGAAAAGAAGGAGCUGCAUUCCCAGUUUGAGACUGAGAUCAGGAUCGCUGACUAGGGAAGCCUCCGCUGGUAGAGACAGGAGGGAGACCCUCGACGAUGGUGGGAGCGGGAGAUCAUCGACCCCAGAGAGAUCGCUCCUCAGUAAGUUCUUCAGGAGCUCGAGCAGCACGAGGGAGUCAGAGGGGCGAGACAAGUCGCCGAAGGCCAAGAGGAAGAUCUCGAGAUUCCUGAGGCCAGACUUCUUUGAUACUCCGAGGGAGGAAAGCCAAUACGUCAAGGAGAAGGAGGCGCAGAAGGCGGCGGAGAACGAGAGGAGGAAGUCGAGGUUCAUGAGGAGAAAAGUCGUGGCUGAGGAGAGUCCUGGAGAGCAGUUGAAGGACGAAAAGCAGGAGAAGGAGCUGAAGAACGCGGCGAACACGCUGACCAGGGAGAAGAUCGAUGAGAAGUCCUGCGUCAAAAGCAACAUUGAAACCGAAGGAUCGAAUGCUGAGGGAAAGAGCGAGAGACAGAGCCCGAAGAACUCCUUCCUCCAGAGCCUCGAGAGGAAGCUGGAAAGAUUGAGAUCGAGCGACGACUCGAAGCUGACGAACGGAAGUCCUGAGAAGGAGAUCAAGGAGAAAUCGGUGGCACCUGUUGAAGGCCUUCAGGAUGUCCCUAGUCCUGCAGAGCUCCGGAAGAUUGCUAGUGCAGAGGAUUUCCCUGUGGACGAGCCUCAAAGCUCGCCGGUACCGACCAAAUCCAAAGUGUCUUCAGUCCUCGGACUUUUCAAAAACGAUUCGAAGACUUCGGUGAACGGUAGCAAGCAGCAGAGUACUCUCCUCAGUAAAUUCCGAAAGAAUACUUACAAGGGUUCAAGGUCAGACACCAGUGUGAUAACCGGCGAGACUUCCGGCAGUAGUAAAAUCCCGACGAAAGCCAAACACGAGAGCAAAAUCACCCCAAAACCCCCGAAAACAAAUCUGGAGAGAAAAAAAUCGCUCGACAAGAUAAGCGAGUCCAAGAAAUCACCGCCGAAGGAGAAAGCCAAGGAGAAGUCCCCAGUGAAGGACAAAAUGAAAGAGAAAACUCCACCUGAAAGAUCAAGCGCCGAGAGGAAAUCACUGUCCGAUAAAUCUUCGACGAAAUCCCCGAAGAAAUUAAGCCCCGAAAAGUCAAUCGACUGUAGAUCCGACAAGUCUCUCACAGAAUCCCGAAAGUCCUGUGAGAAAACCGACAACAAGAGCUCGUCAAUCAUUCGUUUGUCCCCUCCCAAGAAGAUCUCCCCGGACAAGACAGUGGACAACAAGAAGUCGGAGGUAAAAGUGCCUGACAACGACGGAAAAACCGUUACGAAGAAGAAAGCGGUUAAGUCCCUCACAGCGCCGCUGUCCAAGAACGGAUCGGUCUCGAAGCUCGACGACGACAGAAUCAAAAAGGUGAUAAUCAAAAAGGAGAUAGUUGAGAAAGAAGCUGAAGACGGCACCAAGAAGAAGAGGAUUGUUCGAGUAGUCAAGAAAGUAGUCAAGAAAUCCGAAAAUUCAGACAAAAAGGCAGAGGAGAAGAGCAAAGACAAGCCGUUGAGAUCGUUGUCCCUGAAGAGGAUUGGGUUGAAGAAGGAGAAGAGUCCGGAGACUGUGAAGAAAGCAGAAGUGACUGCAGAGGACAGCAAGGGGCAACUCCUAAAGAAAUGUAACUCUGUCUCAUCUCCAAACGCCCAAGAAGAUUCUGCAGAGAAAGUAGCUGAGAAGAAGCCGAUUAAAGCCGAAACUGCAGAAGGAAAUAAAAAACGAGUGGACAACCCAUCAGGACCAAAAAUAAUGAACCAUUUGUCAGAAGACCACCAGAAGAGCGUCUCCAACCCUUCAGUGAAUUCCCCUCAGACCCUGGAAGCUCCAAUCAUCCCAAAAGCUUCCCCUCCCCCAUCACUUUCUCCCCCGUCCCCGCAAGAUCCCCCCGGGUCGGAGGGAAAACUUCGAGUGAACAGAAGUAAUCUGAAGCUAGACUUCUCGAAGGUGCCUCAGCACAGCUUCAAGCCCCCCUCGGGUCUCAAAAGGGAAUCCCCCAGGCUAGCGACAUCUCCAGACAAUCAGAUCACGUCCCCAUGUCCCCAGAAGAGAGAAGCAGGCCCAGAACCCUCGAAAAUCCUCGAUCCCCGUCUCGUGAAUGCUGAACUGACCCCAGGGAUCGCUCCAGAGUCCAGACCAAGACCUCUUUCACGACCGAAAGGAACCCCAGAACUCUCGGAGGACAUUCUCUCCCCGACGGACGACUGCGAGAGCUUCGACUCGUGGUCGAUCUGCUCCAACGACUUCAACCAGCGUUGUUCCUCGGAUUUCCACUCCCCCACGUCACCGACGUACUGUCCCCCAGGUCGUGACCACUCCGAGUCGAUCAUCGACAGGAUCAGGAGGAAGAGCUUCUACUCGAGGUUCAACGAGCGAAAGCGAAAGAGCUCCCUGACAGCCUCACCCUCUAGUCUCUCCAGCGUCAGUCCCCUUCCAACGUCGUCGACAUUACCCAGGAAGUUUAGCUUCAGCGGGACGAAGGACAGCGACAGGGUGAAGUUCUCGGCGUCCCCCCGGCGGUCCGAGAGACCAAUGACGAUGUACAAUGACGAUCACGUGCGGUACCGCAAGUCCCCGAUCGAGAGGGACAGGUACUCGGACGGGGGGUGCGGCCUGGGGUCCUAUUCCGGGGAAUUCGAUCACCUGAGGAGGUACCGGAUCUCCCCCACGACGAUCUCACCUGAUCCGACUCACAGAAAGUACCAGAGCUCUGAUCUGAAUUUUGAUCACGAUCUGGGGAUGUACAAGAGCUCGACGCUGAGCGAUCCCGUCGCGGAUUACAGGAGUGUCUUGAGCUCGCUCCCGAGGAAGUAUGGGUCCGUUGGGGGCGGGGUCGAGCCGAAAACUGCUGAGUAUUAUGAGGAGCUGCUCGCUCCCACCAGGAUGGAGUUCUUGACGAGGAGGACGCCGGUGCCGGGGGAGGGGAAGGGGGAGAAUGGGUACACGAAUGGGCAUGUUGAGGUGGGGGACAUUGAGGGGAAGUGGAGGAGCUUCCCGGAGAAGGGGGGCUUCGACUCCACGGACGAGAGUGAUAAGAGCGUCGGCGAAGAUGUGAGGGGAAAUAAUAAAUCUACAAAUGAAGUAAAAGAACUCUCAGCUGCCUGCCCGGACGCCGGAGCAACCGCUUCAAUCGUCGAAUGAAAUCCACCGGAAAAUUUAAAAAAUCCAUGACAAUGUGCCAAAGAUCAUCAAGUAUCUUCACCAAUUUUCGCUAUCAAAAGGAACAACGAAACUGACCAAAGAAUGCUUAAUGCUUAACUGUAACUCAAUCGUUAAAAUAUGAAUUUUAUACGUACUUAUAAAUAACUACUACAACGAUAGCUUUAAGAGGAGAAAUAGAAUUUUACGAGAUUUGUUGAAAAUGUAAACUUUUGAGAUUUUUUAGGCAGGCUUCUAGAGGCUGUUCUUUCUUUUUAUACAGAACUAAGGAUCAAAAGGAUAUUCGCAUUGAUUUCAAUGUUUUGGUGACUGGGUGAAUUCUUUGUUCGUUUUUUAUGACGAAGAAAAACGUAGAGGGAACCUCAUAUGGAUGCUUCUUAUUUUUAAAUGUUAUGAGAGAGUUUUUUCGUUUUCAUAGAUUUCUUCAUGAGGAAUUUUUAAUUAAUUGCCAUGCAUUUCUCAUCAUUAGAGUGUGUUUCUAUAAAUUUUAUAUGAACAAUUGGGUCUUAGGGAUUUCUAAGGACUUUGUCUGAGCUUCCAGCAUUAACAAAUCCCAUGGAAAAACGUAGCGAAUUCGAUAGAAAACUUCUGUUAAAAUUCUGAAAAAUUUAUUAGUUUUUGACCGCUUUCAUUGAAGAAUUACGUAGCUUUAAAACUCGAAUUUUAUUGAAUUUUCCUAUGGUCUAUUUUAUAGAACACUUUCAGUUUAAAACACGUGCAGAUUAGCUGCAGAAUUUUUCGAUAGAAAUUUCUCGACAUAAAUAUUCAAAAUUAUUUUCAUUCCAU